AUGAAUAACUUCAAGAUUCCACAUGAAGCUAAUUCAAAUGUCAGCUCCGCAUCCGGAUCUACAUCGAACCUUCAAAAUAUCACAAACAAUAAGGAAGUCUCAGCAGGUUCCCUUGGUUGGGUCUUGAAGGGAGCCAACGCAACAAAGGGUGCAAGUCUGAUUAACGACACAAACACUCAUGGCAAAUCCAGCUGCAACAGCAGCAUAAGCAGCAAUGGAAAAGCCCCUGAGAACCCAUUCGACCACCCAACAUUUGCUCGUCUCAGAGAAUUGUACAGAUUAUCCAAGGUGUUGUUCGAUUUCAUCUGUCCUCAGGAAUACGGUAUUAAGGACGAGGAGAAGCUCGAUAUUGGUUUGUUAACGUCUUUGCCAUUGGCCAAGCAGAUCUUGUCGGACAUCAAAGACAUGAAGAGCCAUGACUCUGCAGCCGUGGUGAACUACUUCACGAAGGAGUCUCACAUAUACACUUUGCUCAAUGUCAUUUACGGAGCGCAACUUCCAAUGAAGAUCGCCAGAAACGCCUUACCUGAACUUGACUACAUGUCUCAAAUUGUCUUUGAGAUAUACGAGUCCGGUGACUCCAACAGCCCCUCAGGCAAGAAGCAUUCUAUCAGAAUGUCGUUGUCUCCAGGAUGUCACACACAGGAUCCUUUGGACGUUCACUUGGAUGAUGAUCACUACAUUGGUUGUAUUCCAAAGAUCGGCUUAACGAGACAUUUGGAUAUGGAUUUGGUGAUCCAGAGAUUGAAGUCUAGAUUCUCGAGGGUGUCGUUGCCAAAGCAGUUCACUCCUGUGAACAUCUCGAGUCCUCUCUUCACUGGAGAGUAA